AUGUCAAAUAAUACGGGUCCAUCAAUUCAAAUAUUACCAGUGGAAAUAUUUCAUUAUAUUUUUGAUAAUCUUGAUGCUCAAACAAUUUUAUUGUCAAUUCGACCAGUAUGUCGAUUAUUUCAAGCAAUGGUCAAUAGUUAUGAUCGAUAUAUUUUGGAUUUUAAGUCAACAUCGAAGCUAAAUUUUCAUCUAUUUUGUCGUUUAAUUAAUCCUCAGAAUGUUAUAUCGUUAAGACUUUGUGAAGAUAAAUAUAAUCUAAAUCAAAUAACUUUAUUUAUGUCAUUGGUUUGUCUUCGACAAUUUACUCGACUUCAUUCAAUAACUUUUCUUGGUAUUAAAGAAUAUCAAUUGAACAUGAUUUUAAAACGUAUCAAUUUCAAUUUUCUGACUUCAUUUUCAUUACAUAUUCAAGAAUAUGAUGAUAGACGAAAAAAAACAACAUUACAUUUUCUUUCGUCAAUUUUAGCACAAUCAAAUCUUCGAAAAGUUGAAUUGAAUAUAAAAAACGAUCGAAUAUCAAAUAUAUUAUGGUCUGUCAAUUCUAAGAUUGAAUAUUUAAUUAUAGAUUCAGAGAUUAUUUUUGAUGAUAUGUUAACUAUACUUUCACAUUCUCCUCAACUUCAAACACUUAUUCUGAAACAAAAUUUAUCAACUUUAAUUAAGAAUAUGAAGCAGACUUGUCCUUUUCCACAACUAACUUCAUUAACCAUAGAAAAAUUAAAUGUUACAAUCGAUCAACUUGAAUCAUUUCUUUUAUUAAUGCCAUCACUUAUUUAUCUAAAAUUAAUAGGUCAACAAUCUGUAUUUGACGGUAAACGAUAUGAACAAUUUAUUCAAUUAAGUCUUCCUAAUUUGAACAGUUUUGAAUUUUUUAUUGAUAUUUCUAAAUCAAUUAGUCAAACUCAAGAAGAUCUUCAAUCAAUAAUUGAAUCAUGUCGAAGUUCAUUUUGGAUUGAAUAUAAAAAAUGGUUUGUAAUCUGUCACUUUAAUUCUAAUUAUCCAUUUACCAUUCAAAUUUAUUCGAUACCAAUUUGUAAAUCAAUUCUACAAUAUGAAUUAAAUUCAAAAUAUAUUUAUCUUUCUAAUUCGACAACGUUGUUGAAUAAUGAUUUAUUUACAAUAAAAAAUAUCAAGGAAACUUUUUUAAAAUUGAAAUCCUUCGCAUAUGGAAAGAUGAAAGAAGAAGAAUUAUCGAGAAUCAAUGUUUUCUUUCCUGAUGUAAUUAAACUUAACGUAGAUAUUGAUAGUCAACAUUCUUUGGAUUCAUUAGAAUUGCUGACUUCAGUCAUCGAUGUUUCAAAAUUAGUUGAAGUCACAUUAGAAAGUUUUUAUUUCAAUAAAAAUAAUCAAAAUCUUUUAUUUAAUAUUAUUUCUAUUCUUGAACAAGCAUUUUCUCUUUCAUCUUUGAUUAUUCAUAGUCGUUAUUGUAAACAACGAUUGUAUCCAUUUCUAAAUCAUAUAUGCUCAAUAAUUCCACGUCAAAUUAAACAUUUACAAAUACCAAUUUAUCAAUUAGAUCAAAUCGAAUUCAUUUUGAAACGAUGUCAAAAACUUUCAGUUGUACAAUUUGAAAUACUACGUUUGAAACUAUCUCAAGAAGUCAUUCAUUGGUUUAAUCAACAUACUAUUGAUUCAACAAUUCAAAGACAUGCUGGAUGUAAUAUUAUAUGGAUUGGAAAGAAAAUAAAUCCCAUCAGAGAUAAUCGUAAACGAAUUAAAUUAGAUGAAAAUCAAUUCGAAUCUUAA